AAACAAUUUAGAAAAAGGAAGAGACAGAGAAAGCAUUCGACAUUACAUCCCCACGGAGACAAAACAUAGACAGGAAAGGAAGCGAAGAAGACAGCAACGUGCAGACACUUACAAAAGAUGAAAAUCGGAACCUAAAAAUGGAUAAGCCCUUUUAAACAGAGACACAAACCUCAACAAAAUCCCAACCAGUUUGCUUUAUAUAUAUAUAUACACACAGAGGAAAAGAAGAGAGAGAGAGAGAGAGAGAGAGAGAGACCCGAGAGCCAUAAGAGUCACAGCUCACACGCAAAGACUCCUCCCCCUCCCAAAAAAGAAAAAAGAAAAAAGAAAAGAAAAGAAAAAAUUUACAAUGUUUAGGAUGAAGGACGUGUCAUUUGCCGUUGAAAACGGGCGAUUUCGCCUCUAAAAAUUCUUUUCUUUUCUAUUCUUCUCCUUUCAUUUCUCUUCUCCUCUUGAGCAAUCUAUUCAGAAAUCGAUUAUUUCCUCAAAAGAACAAUUUUUUGAUACGGCAACGUUUGGGCUUAGCAGCGGGGGAUGGUGACGAGAAUGGAUCUGAUGAGAUUGGCUACGGUAUUAAGUUUGGUGGUGAUUGUUGAAUUGGGUUUUGUUGUGUGUUUAUCAAAUGGGAAUUAUGUGUUUAAUGUACAACAUAAGUUUGCUGGUAAAGAACGUAGCCUUAGUGCAUUAAAACAACACGAUGCUCGUCGUCACCGGAGAAUUCUCUCCGCCGUUGAUCUACCUUUAGGUGGCAAUGGUCAUCCUGCUGAAGCUGGCCUUUACUUUGCUAAAAUUGGGCUUGGAAAUCCACCAAAGGAUUAUUAUGUUCAAGUUGAUACAGGAAGUGAUAUCCUUUGGGUGAAUUGUGCCAAUUGCGAUAAGUGUCCCACAAAAAGCGACCUCGGUGUAAAAUUGACAUUAUACGAUCCACAGAGUUCUACUUCUGCUACAAGGAUUUACUGCGAUGAUGAUUUUUGUGCUGCUACAUACAAUGGUGUACUUCAGGGUUGCACAAAGGACCUGCCCUGUCAAUAUAGUGUUGUUUAUGGCGAUGGAAGCUCAACAGCUGGAUUUUUUGUGAAGGACAAUCUGCAGUUUGAUAGAGUGACUGGAAAUCUUCAAACUUCUUCUGCGAAUGGAAGUGUUAUAUUUGGAUGUGGAGCUAAACAAUCUGGGGAAUUAGGUACAUCAAGUGAAGCACUGGAUGGAAUACUUGGAUUUGGGCAAGCAAAUUCAUCCAUGAUUUCACAACUUGCUGCAGCUGGAAAGGUUAAAAGAGUAUUUGCACAUUGCCUAGACAAUGUUAAAGGAGGAGGAAUCUUUGCCAUUGGCGAAGUGGUCUCACCAAAAGUAAAUACAACUCCAAUGGUACCAAAUCAGCCACAUUACAAUGUAGUUAUGAAGGAAAUAGAGGUGGGCGGUAAUGUUCUGGAACUUCCAACAGAUAUAUUUGAUACUGGCGAUCGGAGAGGAACAAUAAUUGACAGUGGUACUACCUUGGCAUAUCUUCCAGAGGUGGUAUAUGAGUCAAUGAUGACUAAGAUUGUUUCUGAGCAACCUGGAUUAAAAUUACAUACUGUUGAGGAGCAAUUCACAUGUUUUCAGUACACUGGAAAUGUCAAUGAAGGAUUUCCAGUUGUCAAGUUUCAUUUUAAUGGUUCACUUAGUUUGACGGUUAAUCCUCAUGACUAUUUAUUUCAAAUUCAUGAAGAAGUUUGGUGUUUUGGUUGGCAGAACAGUGGGAUGCAAUCUAAGGAUGGUAGGGAUAUGACUCUUUUGGGAGAUUUGGUGCUCUCAAAUAAGCUUGUUUUAUAUGAUCUCGAAAAUCAGGCCAUUGGAUGGACAGAUUACAAUUGCUCUUCAAGCAUCAAAGUGAGGGACGAAAGUUCUGGUACGGUGUAUUCUGUUGGGGCUCACAAUCUCUCUUCAGCUUCCCAACUGAUAAGUGGAAGAAUUAUGACAUUUUUGUUACUAGUGUUUGUCUUAUUCCAUAGAUUUUCAUGAUCUGCAACAAGUGGUACAUCAUUAGUUGAUUUCCUUGUACGAUAAUAUAAUCAAAAGUUUGUUUGGUAUAGUUUGGUUCUUGAGUACAGUACUGCACUAACAUUCUUUCUUUCUUUUUUAAACGUUCUUAUACAUGUGCCUGUUAAAUUCUUUCUUUUUCAUUGAAUAAACGUACCUUUUGUAUUCUUGACAUAUAUUUUUCACUAUUUUUGGAUAAUAUUGGCUCUUCUUUAA